UCCACAGCGAAGCGACCGCAUUCUUCACAGUCAGCACUAUUGAAUUUGCCAACCUCUAAUCACCAAGACCAAGAAUUAAAGAAUCCAGCUAUAUCAAAAGAAUCAGAGGAUCGAAAUGUACAGCUACCGAAAUUAUAA